UUCAGCCCAAUUUCACACCCCACAACAGAGAAAUCACAGAGCUCGUACAGAUCAGUCAAGUCAACAAUCCCCUCCAACGCAACAACAAGAAGAGAAGAUGGCGGCUGCAGCGAAGGCGUCGUGGACGGUGGCGAUGAGCGUGGGCGCCGUGGAGGCGCUCAAGGACCAGGCCGGCCUCUGCCGCUGGAACUACGCGCUCAGGUCCAUCCACCGGGCCGCCAAGGCCAAGGCCAGCUCCCGCGCCGCCGUCUCCCAGGGCAAGAAGCAGUUUCCGGUCUCUGCGGCGGCUGUGGCAGAGCAGCGGCGAGCGCAGAAGGCCGAGGAAGGGUUGAGGACGGUGAUGUACCUCAGCUGCUGGGGACCCAAUUAG